AUGACAAAUACUAAUGUUGCUCCUACUAACCCUAGCCUCCUCCGUGCAUGGUGGAUGAACAAGAAACUACGAUUCGAUGUUGCGAUGAGUAGCAUCAUUAUGAUCCUCAACAUUGAAGCGAUCUUUUAUAUGAGAACACACAAUAUUCCCUAUGGCUAUGACAAACAAGAUGCCUACGUCUUUGGACUCAUCAGUCAUAUCUCCGGCUGGGGUGUUUUCCUACGCCUCCUCUAUGAUAUUUCUCCGCAAUUGGCUCUAUUCGUGGGUCUAAACUUCGGAUUACCUUGUUUGCUAUGGUUAGUAGCCGUCAUGAUUGUGCCGUGUCUAUGGUCUGGAGUGCAAGCAGUACGAGGUUGGUGGAAGUUUGUGAAUCAACCAGAGAGGGUUAUUGGAUAA